CCUCGGGCCUCGGGGAUGGACGCAGAGGUUGUGCGGGGGCCCAAGAUGCCUUCAACACUAGACUGUAAGGUGUAUGUGGGGGACCUUGGGUCAGGGGCAUCCAAACAAGAGUUGGAGGAAGCCUUCUCCUACUAUGGCCCCCUCAGAAAUGUUUGGGUGGCACGCAACCCCCCUGGAUUUGCCUUUGUUGAGUUUGAGGACAUGCGGGAUGCAGAGGAUGCUGUCAGGGGAUUAGACGGAAGAACCAUCUGCGGGCGACGUGUGAGAGUAGAGCUAUCAACGGGCAAGUCACGCAGCAGAUUCCGGGGACCUCCACCACGCCGAGGUCGCCCCUUCCACCCAGAUGACCGAUGUUAUGAGUGCGGCGAGCGGGGUCAUUAUGCACGGGAUUGCCAUAGGUACAGCCGGCGUUACGGUUCAAGGUCGCGUAGCCGGAGCCGCACGCCCAGGAGGAGGAGAUCAUACACACGCUCCAGGUCCCGCACCCGUGACCGUUCGAGGAGCAGAACCAGGGAUCGCUCACGCUCUAGGGACAGAAGCCGCUCCAGAGACAGAUCCCGAUCACGGUCGCGCACAAGGGAUCGCAGCCGCACACGUGAGAGGUCCAGGUCAAGAUCCAUAUCGAGAGACAGGGACCGUGACAGGGAACGAUCGCUCUCUCGGGAUGACAAAGGUACUUUCAGAGAUCGGAGCCGUUCGCGGACCCCACAACAGAACGGCAGCCCCAAGGUUGAUGACGGCAAGGAUGAAUGACCUGAAAGACCUCUAUAAGGAUUGGAACACAUUUUUUCAGUUUUGUACUGGGUAUGUUAGAUGUAUGUUGACUUGCAGUUAUUAUAAUGCAAGACUUAGCCUAUAACAUGUGGCCCAUUUUUGAUUUAGGAAGAAACAAAAAUAUGCUUUGUGAAAUGGAAUAUUCCUUUUUGAAUAAAGUAUGAUCCUUAUUUUUAUUGUGGUCAGUAAAAGUUGGUUACAUUCCAACAUUUGUUUCAAAUGAUUUUCCAAAUGUAUGGUUUACUAAUAAAAUAAAUUUUAGAAGUUUGAGUUUAGUUUACCUGCAACUUUACCUGAGGCAAAGUAAGUUUCCCUAUGUUAAGAAGUUUUUGUAAUACCAGUCAACAGACUUCUCACACUAUACUCAAAGAAGAAAUCACUUGUACAUGAUAUCGAUAACUUGAAUAUUGUUUAGUAACAUAUUAUAGCACUUAAAGGCACCAGUACCAUAUCAUGUGAUGCAGAAUUUGCUUCAAAUCUGACAAGGCAUCAAGUGGGUAGGUUUCAGGAACCAAGUGUUUUUAUAUAUCUACCCUUGCACGUACAUGGUAUUUUAUCCUGCAUAAUACACUGAUUAAUCGCACAUUUUUCCUGUUAGGUUCAGACCAUUGUCAUUAUACCAGGAAAACUAGUGGGAUUUGCCUUGUUUGCAAGCUAGCAUGUCCAAGAAUAAGAAAGCAAGUUCUGUAAUACGUGUAGAAUUGUCCAUUUGAAGCCGUAUUAAAAAUAAAUGUUUCUAAUCCUGUACUGUUGCCCUCAGAUACAUGUAUAACUGUCAUACCAAUGUAAUUAAUGUAUUCGAAAAUAAACGAUAAAUAGUGGGUUGGUAUGAUCAAGAUUUAAAAAUGUGAAUGUCAUUAUGGCCAGAAAAAAAAAUUGUGAAUGUAUAGUAUGUUAACAUUUUAUAUUCUAGCAAGUUGUAUUUAAGUCUUUGAUACAGAUUCAGAACUUGUCUAGUCGAAAUUUAGUAACUAAAGUAUAUAAGCAAGAAAUUGUAAAUGUUUGUUACUGAUUACAAGCACUUUAACCUCAUCCUUAUUUUUCUUGCCUUCCAUAAGUUCUAUAAACAAAAUGUAUGGCUAUUUUAUACAUACUUAGCCGGUUCGGAGUCAUUGUUAGGUCCUCGGAGCUCCUUCGGGCACGCUAUUCUGGGAGUUAUGCGAGCUAACCCCCGUAUUCUUUACACAGAUCCAGAUAAAUAUUUUUUACAGACAGUGAAUACCUAUAAUCUAUAAUCCUACAUCUUGUUCAUUAUAAGACUGCAUUAAAGCCUGGGAAAGUAGAAUUGUAUGUUAAUCAAAAUGAGGCCAGGGAGUUGGAUGUAGCUCGGGCUGAGGCAAUGUAGUGGAAACUGGUGUUUUUCUUUGGUUUCCUUAUUGAGUGUUUAAAGUAAUAUGGAUAAUAUACUGUAAGAUAAUGGAGAAUCUAUCAUGUCCACAAUAAAAAUAAUUUUCAUAUAUUUCACAUGUAGUGUGAUGGGCGUAAACAUUACUAAAGAUCAUUUCUAUAAAAAGUAAUGACUCGUUAUAAAACGAAGUUGAUCAUAAUGAAACCUGGUCACAAAUUGCUUCUAAAAGAUCGACUGUAACUAUAUAAUUUGUUUCGUGGGAUACUUCCAACCCUGAUAUCGCACUGGUUAUUAAAUACCUAAAUGUGUAAGCAUAAACUACGGAGUCCUCAUUAAAAGUGUUAAAAGGAUAGGAACUGGA